AGGCACGAGUGGCCCGUAAGCCUGCGCUCGCGACUCGCCAGUGUCGGACACGUAGUGGGAACGAGCAGGUCCCGAUGCACAAGUCACGGCAACCCUCGGCGGAGAUGAAGGCGGACUCCGACUGGCUCUGAUUAUUAAAAGCCCUUUUCAUUCAGGAGGUUGGUUGCCAAUGGUUAUCAAUAUGGCAGGGCCGUUGUCCCAAGCACCCACCACUGCAAAAAUGGCGUCACUUAACCGGGUCCGAGCUUUGGCGAUGAUUUUCUUAACUGUCACUGGCUGUUGUGUCACCACGACGAGUGGCAAGGAAGGGUCCGAGGAGACCGUCAUCAUAGGGCUGCGGCUGGAGGACACGGACGACAUUUCCUUCAUGGAUAAGGGCUUCCUGCGGGUGAGUGAGCGGUCUCGGGUGAAAUUGCGGGUGUACGGGCAGAACAUCAACAACGAGACCUGGUCCAAAAUCGCCUUUACGGAGCACGAGCGCAGCCGAGCGAUCGGGAGCGUUGACAGCUCCUCGGGGGACAACCGGAGCCAGGAGGACACGUCCGGCUCGCAUCCCUGCGGCAUUAGGACGUCGGAUAUAAUUAUAUUGCCCAACAUCAUCCUCAACCGAAAGACCUCCGGAAUAGUUGAGAUCGAGGUCAAACCUCUGCGGAAGACGGAGAGGAGUAAAGCGUAUUACCUUUGCAUCGCCACCUCCACCCCGGCCGCGGCGGGGAUGCACGACCCGUGGACGGAGAACACGUGGAUCUACCACGACGGCGACGACACCAAAGUGAUAGUGGUGGAGGAGAAGAAGUUCCUGCUGCCGUUCUGGCUCCAGGUGAUCUUCAUCUCCAUGCUGCUGUGCCUCUCGGGCAUGUUCAGCGGCUUGAACCUGGGGCUCAUGGCCCUGGACCCCAUGGAGCUCCAGAUCGUCCAGAACUGCGGCACGGAGCGGGAGAAGAACUACGCCAAGAAGAUCGAGCCGGUCCGGAGCCAAGGGAACUACCUGCUCUGUUCGCUGCUGCUCGGGAACGUGUUGGUGAACACCACGCUCACCAUCCUGCUGGACGACAUCGCCGGCUCGGGGCUGAUCGCGGUGGUGAUGUCCACCAUCGGAAUAGUCAUCUUCGGGGAGAUCGUGCCGCAGGCCAUCUGCUCCAGACACGGCCUGGCCGUCGGCGCCAACACCAUAUUCCUCACCAAGUUCUUCAUGCUGCUCACCUUCCCCGCCUCCUACCCGGUGAGCAAGCUGCUGGACUACCUGCUGGGCCAGGAGAUCGGCACCGUGUACAACCGGGAGAAGCUGCUGGAGAUGCUGCGCGUCACGGACCCGUACAACGACCUGGUGAAGGAGGAGCUCAACAUCAUCCAGGGCGCGCUGGAGCUCAGGACCAAGACGGUGGAGGACGUGAUGACGCCGCUGCGGGACUGCUUCAUGAUCCCCGGCGACGCCACGCUGGACUUCCACACCAUGUCGGAGAUCAUGAAGAGCGGCUACACGCGCAUCCCGGUCUUCGAGGGCGAGCGGUCCAACAUAGUGGACCUGCUCUUCGUCAAGGACCUGGCCUUUGUGGACCCGGAUGAUUGCACCCCGCUCAAAACCAUCACAAAGUUUUACAGCCACCCUUUGCAUUUUGUGUUCAACGACACCAAGUUGGACGCGAUGCUGGAGGAGUUUAAAAAAGGAAAAUCCCACCUGGCCAUAGUUCAGAGGGUGAACAACGAGGGCGAGGGCGACCCUUUCUAUGAAGUCCUGGGCAUCGUCACCCUGGAGGAUGUUAUUGAAGAAAUCAUCAAAUCAGAGAUCCUGGAUGAGACCGAUUUGUACACUGACAACAAGUCGAAGAAGAAAAUCACCCAUCGGGAAAGGAAGCAGGAUUUCUCGGCCUUCAAGCCCUCCGACAAUGAAAUGAAGGUUAAAAUAUCACCUCAGCUUCUGCUGGCUACCCUGCGUUUCCUAGCAACAGAGGUCGAACCCUUCGCCCCGGUGCAAAUGUCCGAGAAGAUUCUCCUGCGUUUGCUGAAGCACCCGAACGUCAUCCAGGAGCUGAAGUACGACGACAAGAACAAGCGGGCGCCGGAGCACUACCUCUUCCACAGGAACAAGCCCGUGGACCACUUCAUCCUCAUCCUGCAGGGCAAAGUGGAAGUGGAGGCGGGGAAAGAGGGGAUGAAGUUCGAGGCGGGACCCUUCUCCUUCUACGGAAUGAUGGCUCUGACCGCGUCGCCCGGUACACGACUGGAUGCUCCCAGAGUCACAUCGAGCAGUCGCUUGUCUUUUACACAUCUUCCCCUUCUUACAGAGAAUAAAUCUCCCCCUCGGCCGUUUGGACUCAACCAUUCAGACUCCCUGAACCGGAGCGACCGUAUAGACGCCAUCACCCCCACGCUGGGCAGCAGCAACAAUCAGCUCAACUCCUUCCUGCAAAUCUACGUCCCCGAUUAUUCAGUCAGAGCACGGUCGGACCUGCAGUACAUAAAGGUCACGCGGCAACAGUACCAGAACGCCGUGAUGGCGUCGCGGAUGGACAAGACGCCCCAGUCCACCGACAGCGAGUUCACUAAGAUCGAGCUCACGCUGAUGGACCUCCACGACGGGGUGGAGACGCCCACCGCGGUCGCCACGACGACCUGCACCGCCGGCACCACGCCGGCCGUGGCCAUAGCCGUGGCCAACGAGACGUCCCACCUGCUCAACCAGCAGCAGAACUGUGUGGGGCUCAGCAGGAGCAACCACAGCGCCCACAACGAGGGUCCCAUCUAGCCCCUUCCAGCCCGGCGGAGACCCAGAGCCUCCAGCUUGUCUCAUGGACACACGAAGUGGUGGCGUAGAUGGAGAUGAGGGACAUUGGGGAGGCGGAGGAGGACGGAGUGAGGGUUCUGCUCCAACCAGUAGCCCCCAGUCAGCCAGCGAGACCCUUUUGUUGAGGGGCAGUGGGGAAGACGGGUGCUGUGUCGCCCCGAUUGCCCCCACCUGAAUGCUGUCAGAGUCCCUGCUGUUCUCCUGCAGAGGGUGCGCUCGGAAAGUACAUGUACCUGUGACUGAGCUUCUUUUUUUGGGACAAUCUGACAAUUUCAUAGCGGCGUCUUGGACUAGAAGACAACGAAGUGCAUGCAAAUCUCGUCACAGACACACACACACACACACACACACACACACACACACACACACACACACACACACACACACACACACACACACACACACACACACACACACACUCUAUCUCCUCAGGCCAAAGACUUUGGUCCCCCUUUUUGCAGUGGACACAGACUGUUUUUAGACUCGCGUUCCCACUCUCCCCACAGGUGACGCUCCCACACCCACCCGUGCAUCUUUUCAGGGAGGCUCAGUUGACUGUUGAUCCCACCUGCGAGGACUCAAGCCCAAACACACACAGAGCAACGGUUAGUCAAAGACUGCACCAAAAAACGCCUUGAGAGAGACCGUUGAACCACGAACCAAGAAUGUUUCCUGUAUUUAUUUAUUUUAUAAUAUUGUAUGUAUAUAUGUAUGCGUGGAAAGAUGAUUUGACCUAAACUGGCAUUUGAGCAUGCGCACAGAGGUGUGCGUGGGGCACGCCUGGCAUAUCGAACAGGACAUGCUACAUAUACAGAGACAUCCACUGAUGUAUAUGAGGAGGUGAGGGUCUUUUGCAGAUACAUUAUGUAUAUUACAGAUCUUGUUAUUUUUACUAUUAUCCUAAAUCAGGCUUACGGCACACAAUCUUUUUCACCUUAAAAAAUCACACUAUUGCCUUUAAGAGAAAUCAUAUAAUUAAUUAUUUUAACAAAGUGCAAUGAAUAUGAAUUCAAUUUAUUUAAGAGAUGAUUAUGAUUAAAUCACUGUAUUAUAAGUUGAGAGAUGUAUUUGUAUGUAUGUACUGUAUGUAUAUGUAUAUUUGUUUUUGAAUAAUGCUAAACAGCAGCCAUCCACAAGCAAACUUUACCCAAGUCCGUCGCUCUUCCAUCUUUUGACCUCGAACACAUGUACUACAUGUUUAUAUAAUGGCUGGAAUAAUACCCAGGCUCGUCACCGCAGUGUAAUUUGAAUGGGGGGUGGGGGGGUCCACUAGGUGUCCAGGUGCCUGAAUGUACCGACACCACACCUAUGCAUGAGGUCCUCUUGUUGCCAAUGUUAUGCAGAAUCAAACUUGAUAAUUGCACAGUAUUAAUGACCUCAUCUAAUGCUGAUGAUCAUCGUCGUCACAGGAAAGCAACCUCCAUGUGAAAUGUAUGCACCGCUGAGACUCUGCUAUGCUGUUCAAGUGUCCUGUUGUUUGUUUGUUUGUUUGUUUGUUUGUUUGUUUGUUUGUUUGUUUGUUUGUUUGUUUGUUUGUUUGUUUGUUUGUUUGUUUGUAGGCGGGGUGAGGUGCAUCUGUGCGCCUGGUGAUUCAGGCUUUAUCCUGAUAACAGUAAAUAUGGAACAGAGUGCCCACAAAAUGUAGGUCAUAAAUAAUAUUUUAUUAAUUCUUUAAAAAUCUAAAUCUAUAUAUUACACAUAAAUGUUGGCUGCUAUUAAAGAGAGAUAUAUUUAUAAUAUUUUCCUUAAUAGAAAGAUGCAUCCAUAUACUGUAGGUUUAUUUCACAACUUUAAAAAUAGGUGAUUAAAGGUAAGAUUGAGUGGUUUUGGGAAAUAACCUUCUUUGCCAUCUCUUUGUGACACAGAUAAGACUUUUCCUUCUAAAGCCUCCGAGCUGCACCUAGCGUUGGAACCUAGCCAGCGUUGCUCUGGCUCUAAAGUUCACAAUUGGAUUUUCAUAGUUCAUAUCACCGCAGCCACUUUGGCUCGGUUUUGGCUCAUAUUCACCAUCUUCUCACCAUCUAAAUCAGGAUUUACUGUAUUGAUCUUCUCAUCUAAAUCCAAAGAAGGAAGCAAACAAGCAAAUUUCCCAAAAUGCAUUUGUUGCAUUUGCAAGUUUUGUCCCCCAUAGUAUUGUCUUGCCUGUAUUAUUUUACCUCAUAAAGACAGGAAUGCGUUCUAAGAUAACGUUACGGUAUGUGCCUGAAGCUACAUGGGUCUUAGAGUAGAACCAUUUGAAUGUUUAUUUCAUAUCCUUAACUAUAAAAUGAUUUUGAUUCCACCUCCAGGCCUGGUUAUUAACAUUAUAUGUACUGUACCCUGGCAGUUUGCUUGCUACUUCACAGGCAACAUGUAAACAAAAAACCUGAAUCUGUCUUUUAAAAUGAAGGUGUAGUUUGUAACCACUGGUGGACGCUGUUUCCUUGUGUAACUCUGAGCCUGUGUGCGCAGCAGCCCAGAGCCGCACACAGUGCCUCCGUCCUUGUUGCCGCUGUGUAUUGUUUACUCGUGUGCGCUCCUAUGCAGCAGACCCGGCUCUGCUCUGCAGGGGACAAUCACUCCAGAGAGGAAAUCCGUGUACGAUGGGCAGACGUUUAAGAUUGUUGCUGGUGACAUUCACCCACGCUGGUGGACCUCAGUGCCUGACAGGUGAACAGGAAGCACGAUGAUCAUACAAAAGUCCAAAUGCACAAUAGGAAAUACUGAGGGAAGCAUCAGCUGUGACUGGGUUAUUUUAAUUUCCUGUGAUGUAGAACACGCAAACUGUCUCUUUUGCUCCUGUGUAUUCCAUUUUCUGCUGAACAUCAACAUUUGAUUAUGUGAAUACUUUUGUAGGCUGGCGUUUAACCGGCCUCCUGUUCAUCCCAAUGCUGCUACUGUACCUGUGUGCUGUCCAUAAUGCUUCUUCUACCUGAAGACAACAUUCCCAUUGCCUCCUCCAGCUGGUGGUUUAAUAAAAAAGUGAAUGAUUAACAGACAA